AUGAACAUCACAGACGUAUUCCUGGUCUCCAUACGUUUGACCCUGGAACUGUUCGCGUAUUACAAUGCAAAACUGAUGUACUCGUCAUCAACCAGCAGUGUAAUAUCACCUCUGCUCAUUACGUACAUAACACACUCUGUGGUGUCUUUUCUUGUGGUACAGGACGUGUUCACGAUGAAGAAGAACUACUUGGGGAGCAUUUACAGGGACACGGGCGUGCCACCAGGCACAUUUUUGCUGUUCACGUUCAUCCUUUCGUUCAUUUUCAACCUGUCGCACAUACCAAAGUACUUCUCGCUCAACAAGUUUUCUGACCUCUUCAUCGUGUCGUUUUCCUGUCUGAGCGUUAUCGCUACGCACUGGCUGUGCGUGAUGACCAAACGGAAGAAGAUGACGGGUGUUGGUGUCAUAGUUACGCUUGUUGCUGGAUUUGGUGUGUUUCUGCUGGUUAAAGAGGAGUGCGGAACGGCCGAUAGGUGGCUGCUUGCAUUGCUUUUGUUUGUUGGAUCGAUAUUUAGCGGUUUCUACACUGUUUUCAUGAAAAUUUUUAUGGAAAUACGGCCGUAUCGCAACAACCGAUCAGAAAGGGAAAGGAACGGCACAGACGGACUGGAUAAAGAGUGUUGUAUCGAUCAUGCACUCAUAAUGAAGAAUUUGGAGAAGGAUCAGCAUUAUGAAGGGGAUAAGCGGACGCAUGGCGGUAGGGAAAAGAGAGAUACGCAUAUUUACGACAGAGGAAGCGUUAAAUUGCUGUGUAGACUGAAGGACAAGAAUGGUUUCCUAACAACGAGUCAAGGAUCUUCAAUCGAUGCAGUAUUGCAAAUUCAGAAUGGAACAACCGGGGAGGUGAACGGGUCAAGUAAUGCGGAGGGAAAUGAUGACGAAAAGAGAAAAUGUAAGGAUAGUGAAAAGCGUGAGGAGAGCGAAAAGCGUGAGGAGAGCGAAAAGCGUGUGGAUAGUGAAAAGAGUGUGGAUAGUGAAAAGCGUGUGGAGAGCGAAGGAAUGUGCACAAAAUGUGCGGACAGGCUGCACAGAGAAGAGAAACGAAAAUCUGCUGGCUGCCAAGCAAAGGAUAAUUGUGCAGCGAACACGAUCUAUGGGGAUGUUGAAGCUGUGGAUUUCAAAUUUCAUUUGAAUAACGAGCAUAAAAUCAGAAACGUAACCGAUCAUGAGGUGUUAGCUGGCCGGGAGAAUGUACGGGACGGGAGCGAAGAUAACACAAUGAACGGUGAUCAACGACAUAAAUUCGAUUUGGUCGAGAUUCAUCGUCACAACGAAGGUGAAAUUGGGAACAUACGGCCAUUUAAACAGCCAACCGCUCCCGGUCGGUUCAGUGCAACAUCAAAUUACAUGCAAACAUUCAUUCAAUCCUUCGUGCAUAAAAUUAACAAAAAAAAUGUGACUGAGCAGCAGCUCAGCGAUCUCUCCUUCAUGCGCCAUUAUCUUGGCACGACGGGAAUACUUACGCUCCUUUUGUACUGGCCAAUGAUAAUAAUACCACUGGACGCUCUCCAGCCCACGUUUGGCGUGCACGGUUCCCGUUUGCUGAUACACGUUGUUAUUUCGAACAUUCUGUCGAUUUCUCAGAAUAUAUUGUACUUUGUCCUGGUCACGUGCCGAUCACCACACUUUGUGCAGCUGAGCGGGAUGAUUCUGCAGCCCACCAUCAUUUGUGUGGAGAUGCUGAUGGUGAUGACAUGUUUUACCAAGAGGCUGGUCGGCUUCGGCUGCAUCUUCGGGUCCCUGUUUUUCAUACGUUAA